GCUAGCUCCGAGGGCGUUCUGGAAGCCUGCGCUUUCGGGGCGGAAGGAGCAGAAAGCAGGAGCGACGUACUACGUUUCCCGUGAGCCUCCGCGGCGGGGCUGGGCAGCGACGCGUUGGAGGCGGUGGCGGCGCGGUGAAGGCGCGGAGGCGGAGCUGAGGGGAGUAAAUGCAUUUAUGGAAAAAGAAGAAUUGAUGGCAACAUAAUAGUAGGAUACUGUAGCACUGCAAUGGAUUCCUCAGUGGAAAACAACACGUUUGUAAACAAAGUGUGGAUUCAGUGUGAGAAUGAAAGUUGUUUGAAAUGGAGAUUGUUAUCAAAUGACGAUGCAGCCAGACUUGAUCACAACAAACCAUGGUACUGUUUCAUGAACACUGAUUCAAGAUACAAUGAGUGCUCUAUUUCUGAAGAAGAUUUUCCUGAAGAGUCUCAGCUUCAUCAAAGUGGAUUUAAGAUAGUCUAUUCACAGCUCCCUCUUGGAAGCCUGGUUUUGGUAAAAUUACAGAAUUGGCCAAGUUGGCCGGGGAUACUUUGCACUGAUCCCUUUAAAGGCAAAUACGUGACCUAUGACUGGGAUGGCAAUGUUGAAGAGUAUCAUAUAGAAUUCCUGGGCUAUCCCCAUUCAAGAUCAUGGAUAAAUGCAACAUUUGUUGGACAUUAUAGUAUCACAUUAAAGUUAUCUUCAAGGACCAGGACCAAUCAAGCCAUGACUCAGCCAGGAAAAUGUAAGAAUAAAACGAAGUGGCAUAAAAGUGCCCUACGAGAAGCAUUCCUCCUUCAUGGAUGUUCUCAUGAGCUAAGACUGGAAAUGUGCUACCUAUCAAACCAGGAUAAAUCCAAAUCAGAUGGCAAAAUUGCUGUGGUGGCCAAGAAAAGGAGGCAAGUUUCCAAAAAUAAUACUGAAGAAAAAAAACCCAAAUUCAGAAAAAGGAAAAGGAUAGCUAUUUUAAAAUGUUCUUUGGAAAGUGUUUGUUCAGAUGAUGCCCUAUCAAAGGAAAACAUGGUUGUCUCCGAGACAGAAAUGUUACUAAAAGAAGUGGAGCAGAUGCUACAGCGCGUGCAGGAGCUCCCAGCAGCACCUGAUGAGUGGGAAGAGGAACACAGAGAGGAGAUAAAUACAGGGACCAAGUUCAUAGAUCCAGUUCAAAUCUGGACCAGAUGUAGAUCAUGAAGUCCUAAAUGUUGAGCCUGAUACCAUGAUGGGAAGAGUGCAGCUGCCUGCCAUGAGGACACCCAAGCAGCCCUAGAGAGAGGUCUGGGCACUAACUGAAGGUCCCACCUGAAGCCUCCUGCCAACAGCCAGCACUAACUGGACAGACAUGGGCAUGAGACAUUUCUUUUGGAAAUGAUUCUCCAGCUCUAGUCAAACCUUCAGAUGACUACAGCCCAGGCCAAUAUCUUGACUUCAGCCCCCUGAGACACCCUGAAAAGCAACCACCUUAGCCACUCCUAGAUUCCUGACCCACAGAAACUGCAUGUGAUAAUAAAGGUCUGUUGUUUUUAAGCUAUUGAUGUCUGGGGGAAGUUUGUUACAUAGUAAUAGAUAGCUAAUAUGAUGUGUGACAGGCUGGUCUCACCAAAUAGAUUAUAAGCAUUUUGAAGAGAAGAAUCAUACCUUUCAUUUCUCACAGUGAUUUUCCUGGUACUGAGAUAAUAUUCGUCAAAAUAAAUGAUGUUGAUGCUUCACAAUUACCUUCCGGUCAAAUCAGCAAAUAUUUAAUGCCCACCAGUCUCUCUUCUAGGAGCUAAGGAAAGCAGUAAACAAAAAGGAAUAAAGUAAAUGCUACUGGGUAGACAUAGAGUAGUUUAAAAAAAUAGGUAUGGGCCAGGGCAAUGAUGAUAUGACACUAAGAAGAAAAAUAAAACAAAGGUUGGCAUUACUAUUUAACACAUUUGAUGUAGGGUGCCUGGAAACCAUUCUCUGAUAAGACAGUUGAGCAGAGAUCAGCGUGUGUAUCUGGGAAAGAGCAUCGCAGGCUGUGGAAAGUGCAUGUUCAAAGGCCGCAAGACUGGAAAAGCGUGGCCCGUUCAGCAAGGUA